AUGGCCACCCCUAUUGUUAGUGAAGCCAUCUCGCGGCAGCAUGGGGGGAGUGAGUCGGGUUUGUUCAUCUCAUGCCCGGAAGAUUGUGAACGAAAGCUACCCGCCGACUUGGGACAGGUCCCGAUUAAGAUCUGCCACAUUCUGCCGCAAAGAGUAUCACUGCACCUGCGUCUGGUCAAAUUCAAGCUCUUGAGCCACUUCUCCUCUCCCUUCUCGGCCGUCUGCCCUGUCAUAUCUCCCGCCUCUUGCUCCGGACUUAUCGUAACAAGCCACCGAGAUCAGACACAACAACAAGGGAUGGGGGGUUAG